AUGGACCAAGAAAAUAUAAUACACGGACCUGCAAUUCCUGAUUAUUUGUUAAACAGUAAAUCAAAUUUAAGUCAGCUCUUUACUCGAUUACUCAAUGAAAUUGGACAUAAAACUGCGAUGGUUGAUAUUCAUGAUGGGUCUUCAAUCACAUUCAGUAAAAUUUUACACGCAAGUUUCAAUAUAGCAAACUACUUAAAGUAUGAGUUUGGAGUACAAAAAUCUGAUAUUGUUGGAAUAUUUAGUGAAAAUACAAUUUGGUAUCCAUCUCUUGUACUGGCAGUAUGGCAUGUUGGCGGUAUUUGUGCAUUGUUCAAUCCUAUGUAUAAUACUAAGGAAUUAACACAUGUGCUAAAUAUAACUAAACCAAAAAUUAUGAUAACAUCAAAAAUGGGGUUGGAAAUUGUAAGAGAUACUGCCAAACCACUGGAUUUUAUCAAAUAUAUUUGUCCUAUUGAUAUUCUGUGCAAUACUAGAAUAAUUGAAGAAAAUAAUAACUUUGUACCAACUCCAUGCGACAAUAAACAGACCUGUGUGAUAUUAUUUUCUAGUGGAACAACUGGUUUACCUAAGGGAGUAGAGUUGUCACAUAAAUCUCUAUUUCUUAUGGUUUCUAUCUUAAAUUAUAUUGAUAAAUUUACAACUGAAACUGAUACUUUGAUGGGUCUAGUACCUAUGUUCCACGGAUAUGGAUUACUGGUAAUGUGUAUGAGCAUGUCAAUUGGCAGUAAGGUCAUAGUGCUUAAAUAUUUUGAUGAAGAAUUAUUUUUAAAAUCUAUCGAAGUUCAAAAAAUUACAGUUUUAUUUGCUGUACCACCACUGAUGAUAUUUCUGGCUAAACACCCUUUAGUAGACAAAUACAAUUUAUCAUGCUUGAAUGUUGUAUAUUCUGGUGCAGCUCCAUUAUCUUUAGACAUUGAAAAUGAAGUAGUCAAUAGGAUAGGUAAAGGUAAACCAUUAAAAGUAUUACAAGGAUAUGGAAUGACUGAAUUAUCUAUUUUAUCAACAUUUCCUGGACAAAAUGAAGCUGAACAUGUUAGCGGUUCGGUUGGGAAAUUGAUAUGUGGCAUGUCAGGAAAAGUGAUUGAUUUAAAUAAUGGCAAAUCAUUAGGAGUAAAUAAAAGUGGUGAACUGUGUUUCAAAGGGCCCAUGGUCAUGAAUGGUUAUUAUAAGAACCCUGAAGAAACAACAACAACAAUUGAUAGUGAAGGAUGGCUUCAUACAGGGGACGUCGGAUACUUUGAUAAAUAUUAUAAUUUUUAUAUUGUUGAUAGACUCAAAGAACUUAUCAAAUAUAAAGGAUACCAGGUGGCACCUGCAGAAUUAGAAUCACUGUUAUUAACACAUCCCGAAAUUGAAGACGUGGCAGUUACUGGACUUCCAAAUCUGGAAGCUGGAGAACUUCCAAUGGCGUUCGUAGUUAAAGUACCUAAUUCAGCUCUCAAUGAGAAAGAUGUUGUACAAUUUGUUCACAAAAAUGUCUCUGCCCAAAAGCGUCUCAGAGGAGGUGUUCGAUUUGUGAAUAGUAUUCCGAAAAAUCCAAGCGGUAAAAUUUUACGCCGAGUACUUAAAGGCUUAAUUAAUCAAUCAAAAUUAUAA